UCGAGCAGAGAGGAUCAUCCGCUUUUCCUGCUUCUCAGUGGUACUGAUAGAGAGCAAAGAGAGCGGUGGAGAUACAGAGAACAGAGAGAGUCCUAUUGAUCGAUAUUUAUAGAAAAGUGUAGCCUUUAAGUGUACGAUAGGAAAUGUCCUAUGCAAAUGGUGCUUUUCGAAUGUAUUCACUCGGGAGGGAUUUGAGUUUUUAUUACGCUUAGAUGGGACUUCUAUCUGUGGAUGAGGAUUGUAUACGCGUCUUAGCUCCCUCUCUAUCUCUCUCUCUCGCUCUCUCUCUCUCUCUCUCUCUCUCUCUCUCUCUCUCUCUGACUACUGCAAUGUUUGCGCUCCAGCCAAAACUCACUAACCUGGGAUGAAUUGAUUUUUUAAAACAGGCGAAGCGGGGAUCAAAUGGCUGUGCUUUCCACGACUCUAACACACCAGGCAUGGUUUUCGAUUGACACAGCGAAGCAAAGGUGGAAUGAAAUCGCAGAUUUGGGCUGCAAUCUUAGUUUUAUGAUUAUUGCCGCUUUUAAUUCUGUUUUAUUCCUACGGACCGAAGCCGGAAUGGGAAAUGCUUAGUCCGAGUAGAAAAACGGAAUAAUAGCAUAACACCGAAACAUAUCCAAGUGCACUUGAAAGAGGAGAUGAUUUUGUUAUUACCGUUCAUUCUCUCGGUCGUCCUGAACGCAGCCGUUUGCCAGCUGCGCUUCUCUGUACCGGAGGAGCAGGAGCACGGGACCGUUAUUGGGAAUAUCGCCGAGGAUUUAGGGUUGGACAUUACCAAACUUUCCGCCCGCCGCUUUCAGACCGUGCCUAGCUCGCGAAACCCGUACUUGGACGUGAACCUGGAGAACGGGAAUCUUUACGUAAAGGGAAGAAUCGAUCGAGAAGAGAUAUGCAGGCAGACAGUGCCAUGCAAUCUGCAUCUCGAAGUGUUUCUGGAGAACCCACUCGAGCUCUUCCGCGUGGAAAUCGAGGUGAUGGAUAUCAACGACAACUCUCCCACGUUCCCGGAGACCGACAUUACCGUGGAGAUAUCGGAAAGUGCCAUCCCAGGUACCCGGUUUCCAGUAGAGAAUGCCUUCGACCCAGACGUGGGGACUAACGCGCUGAGUACCUACGCCAUAACGAACAACAACUACUUUUACCUGGACGUUCAGACGCAGAGCGACGGAAACAAGUUUGCGGAGCUUGUGUUGGAGAAACCGUUAGACCGAGAGCAGCAGGCUGUUCACAGAUACGUGCUCACGGCUGUGGACGGCGGGGUGCCUCAGCGGACAGGCACCGCGCUCCUGGUUGUUAAAGUCCUGGAUUCCAACGACAACGCACCCGCCUUUGACCAGUCGGUGUACACGGUAAGCCUACGGGAGAAUUCUCCGAUGGGCACGCUGGUUAUUCAGCUCAAUGCCACGGAUAUAGACGAGGGCCAGAACGGCGAGAUUGUGUAUUCGUUUAGUAACCACAACCCUCCGCGGAUAAAGGAUCUUUUUAAUAUCGAUGCCAGGACAGGGAGAAUAGAGGUGGCAGGAGAGAUAGACUAUGAGGAAAGCAGCACGCACCAGAUAUACGUCCAGGCGAAAGACAUGGGAGCCAACGCAGUUCCCGCGCACUGCAAAGUCCUGGUCAAACUGGUGGACGUUAACGACAACACACCGGAGAUCAGUUUCAGUACAGUGACUGAGUCUGUGAGCGAGCAGGACGCCCCGGGCACUGUUAUAGCCCUCUUUAGUGUCACGGACCGGGACUCCGGUGACAACGGGCAGGUGAGCUGCGAAAUUUUGGGUGACGUUCCUUUCAAACUCAAAUCGUCUUUUAAAAACUAUUACACCAUCGUGACAGACGGUUUGUUGGAUAGAGAAACCACAGACUCGUACACAAUCACCGUGGUAGCCAAAGACCAGGGGCUCCCGUCCCUCGCCACGAGCAAAUCCAUCAAGGUUCACGUAUCCGACGAGAAUGAUAACGCUCCCCGCUUUACGCAGCCCAUUUACGACGUUUAUGUGACGGAGAAUAAUGUACCAGGGGCUUUUAUUCACGCGGUGAGCGCAGUGGACCCCGACGUGGGUCAGAACGCACUCAUUACUUACUCCAUAUUGGAGUGUGACAUCCAGGGCAUGUCGGUUGACACCUACGUGUCCAUCAACCAGGACACUGGCUACCUUUACGCACUGCGCUCUUUCGACUACGAACAAUUGAAAGAGUUUAGCUUCAUGGUUCAGGCUAGAGAUUCCGGGAGCCCGGAUCUCUCUUCAAACAGCACCGUUAACGUUAUUAUCGUCGAUCAGAAUGAUAAUGCGCCAUCAGUGAUAGCCCCGAUCGGUAAGAACGGCACCGCCAAAGAACACCUGCCGCGCUCGGCGGAGCCUGGAUACCUGGUCACGCGUAUCGUUGCUAUGGACGCGGACGACGGCGAGAACGCACGGCUGUCUUAUAGUAUCCUUCGCGGCAACGAGAUGGGCAUGUUCCGUAUGGAUUGGAGAACGGGGGAGCUGCGCACUGCACGCCGCGUCUCCACAAAACGCGACCCGCAGGGCUCGUACGACCUGUUGAUAGAGGUGAGGGACCACGGCCAGCCGCCGCUCUCCUCUUCCGCUAGCGUGAGUGUCGUACUGGUGGACAGUGUGAUUGAGGGCCGCAGCGGGGACCGCACUGGGUCUUCCUCUAAGUCCAAGGAAACAUCUCUUGAUCUCACUCUCAUCCUCAUCAUCGCUUUAGGCUCCGUCUCCUUCAUAUUCCUCCUGGCUAUGAUCGUACUCGCCGUGCGCUGCCAGAAAGACAAGAAGCUCAACCUGUACACGUGCCUGAUGGCGGGGGAGUGCUGCCUCUGUUGCAGCCCGUGCUGCUCGCGCCAAGCGCGCGGGAGAAAACAGAAGAAGCUGAGCAAAUCGGACAUCAUGUUGGUCCAAAGUACCAACGUCACCUCCGGUGUGGGCCCAGUAGGCCAGGUUCCAGUGGAGGAGUCUGGUGUCGGCGGGGUCGGGAUGGGCGGCGGGUUCGGUUCCCAUCACCUUCAGAACCAGAACUCCUACUGCUACCAGGUGUGCCUGACACCGGAGAGCGCAAAAACUGACCUGAUGUUCCUGAAACCGUGCAGCCCCUCGCGCAGCACGGACACUGACCACACCAACCCCUGCGGGGCUAUAGUGACCGGCUACAGCGACCAACAACCAGACAUCAUAUCUAACGGGAGCAUACUCUCCAACGAGACAAAACACCAGCGAGGAGAGCUCAGCUAUCUUGUUGACAGGCCGAGGAGAGUUAACAGUUCUGCGUUUCAAGAAGCGGACAUUGUGAGCUCUAAAGACAGCGGCCAUGGGGACAGCGAGCAGGGAGACAGCGACCACGACGCCACCACCAGGGUUCAUGCCGGUGCGGAUCUCUUCUCCAACUGCACGGAGGAGUGUAAGGCCCUGGGCCACUCGGACCGCUGCUGGAUGCCCGCUUUCGUGCCCGGCGACGGUCGCCAGGGUGCCGGCGGCGACUACCGCAGCAACCUGCACGUGCCAGGCAUGGACUCCGUGCCCGACGCCGAGGUACCCGCCACCGCCGUCACCGCACCCGGUCACCGCGACAACGACCUCGCGCUGACCUCCGACCACACGACCUCCGACAGGUCAUUCUCCACGUUCGGAAAAGAUGGCGGGGGAUACACCACACUGCCACGGUCAAUGCACCACCACCACCACCACCAACAACAACAACAACAACAACAACACCGUCAUCAACAACAACAACAACAGUCACACCAUCAACAACAUCUCCAUCACAGUCCAGCCACAGGUAGCGUCCCAGUCCCCUCCACCACGCUAGAGAGGAAAGACUAUGAGUCCCUAAGAGCCCACAAAAGGAUUUGCUAGCUCUUUCAGAGUGGACCUGCCUGAGACCGCGUGAAUUUGCACAGUAACCGGCCCGAGCAGCAGUGAUGGCAGCGCCGAAAGAGAGAGAAAAACAAACACAAACAAACUGACGACGACGAGACCGUGGGCUUGUCGUUGUUGCUUUGAAACUUCAUUAUCUAGGAUUGGCCAGCUAGAACAGAAUCUUUUGUCUCUGUCGCCACGGGAGACAGCAGGACAAAUAGCUGGUUAAAACACUCUAGAACUGGAACCGUCGAACAGAAGUGAACGUCUAGGACCAUAUAUGGCCUUCUUCCUCUCAGCAGGCCUGAGACCCCAGGCCUGAUGCCGACCAGCUACAACGGAAGAAAAUGUACAACGUUUAUGGACGAUACGGAGGGGUCUUGUAAACGAUAGAUGGAUUACAAAAAAACAAAUUGAAAAAAAGCUGAUGAACAAUACAAAAAUAGACUUUUUUGUUGGUGACCAGGGGGUGGGUCUAGGUGGU